CACACGCACCAAGUCAGCGGACCGUCAAUAUUUCAGCACCAUCCUCUCCAAAUUUUAACUGAUCAAUAAAUCACUUUAUUUCUUCAGGAUUGAGAAGCGAUAUCACCUGCGUUCGUCCUACACCAUCCAAAGAGUGUUACUGAAGGGGCAAAGCACAUUUAAAGUGAUCGCCACAUAAUGGAAAGUUUGGGAUUUUUUUAAAGGAGAGAGGAAAUCAUCGGUUUGUUUCAUUUGCUGGCGGAUGAACUUCAGAGAGCUCACUCAACGGAAUAAGAGAGUUUGGAGAAAAUGAAAAGGUGUUGCAAAGUCCAUCAACACCAUCUCGUCUUGCUGUUGGCAGCUGCCAUGGCAACGGCCCUGGAUUCAUCCCACAGCCUGGCCAGUGAGAGGAGUACGAUAGAAAGCACAUAUGAGCUGACCAAAUACCUGGAGUAUCAGCUCAAGGAAAUCAAAGACAUUUAUCUGACCUACCUCGGCCCUCCAUUCAAUGAGAAAGACUUCUCGCCACCACGCCCUAACAGCACAGCUCUGUCCCUGCCGAGUGCUGCCACCCGCCUGGAGCUGUGGCACGGUCUGGAGAACCAAGCCAGGCUGGCCCAGAACCAGAAGGCCUACUCCGUCCUGCUGGCAGCUGUCAGGGAGCUGGCCCGCUCCACCCUCUGCCCCUCCCUCAAGACCUCCCUGCUGCACUUCUGCAUAGGCCUGGAUGGGCUGCUGGGCUCCAUCUCCGCACUGAUGACCACCCUUGGUUACUCGCUCCCUCCAUCAUCGGCAAACAUCAGAAGUAAUGUCGGAGAGCUGCAGUACCAUUAUAGGGGGAUAGGGGAAUUCAGACCGGCUCCACUCAUGAGCCAGAGCCUUUACAGGUCCAGAACCAGGACAAGGACUGAGUCGGGUCAGCGAAACAACCAAAGAAGAAAAGGGGUGAGGGCAGUCAGGGGCGAGAAGGGAGACAGUGACCUGAUGGAAAAAAGGAAAGGGGGGAGACGAGGGGCAGCUGGAGGGAGGAAUGGUGGAAUGAGGGAGAAGGGCAGAGGAGAAAGAGGAAGCAGAGUGAGGAGGCAAGAGCCUGAGCAUGUGACAUGGACUGAAGAGAGAGUCGGUGAGAUGGAGGAGGAAAUGCUGGAGCAAGAGAGAGAGGUGGAGAGAUGGGGUACGAGGAGGAAGUUGUUAAGUAUCAGCGAGGAUGGGCAGGAGAGUGACGCCAAGGUAGAAGUGUCAUUUACAGAUAAAGAAGGUCUUGGUUCCCUUCAACAGUCUUCAAUCCAAACAAACAACAACAAUCAGUACAGCUACAACUUGAACUCAGUCUACCCUGACACAAUCAGAAAAGAGGACAGAUUUAUCAUAGAAAGAAUGAGAGAACGAUUAACAGUGGCGGAGAGGCAAACAGACAUGGAAGCUACUUCCUCUUCUUCAUCAUCUCUCCAUCAUCAGCAUCGGCCUCCACGCUCCCUCCAUUCCCCCACCCUCCAACCUCCUCUGUCUACCCUCUCUCUCUUCUACCAGUUUGGAGCAGGUGAGGAACAAACCCUCCUCUCUCAACCCCUCCCUCUGUCUUUACAAAGGGGCACCUCUCUUCUUUCACCUCCUCUGACUCCGCUCCUUUCCUCCACCUCCACCUCAGCCUCCUCUGCCUCAUCUUCACUGCUGUCGGUGCGGCCAAGGAUGAACGACUUUGCAAGGAAGGUGGAAGGAUUUUGGAUUUUGAGAGAGCUGCAGAGUUGGCUUUGGCGGUCUGCAAAAGACUUUAACCGCCUCAAGAAAAGACUUCGAGGCUGAGACUCUCGGACAACACAUCCGAGACAGAAUACUGACAUUCCCAUGGUGACCAUGUUGCUGUGAAGUCACGCUCAGGGUGGGAAGCUUAAAUGUUGCUAUCAUGUCUCACUGCUUUGUUCAAGUUAAGUAUACAAGCCUGUGAGCUAAAACACAUUUAAAGGUACAGUGUGUGAUAUUUCCCCUAGUAGCAUUUCGUGGAAAAGAACAAAGAUAAAGUAGGCCUAUCUAAAUUAGUGUUAAAUAACCUGAAAAUAUAAAACUGUUUUUUUUUCUUAUAACUUAGAAUAAGCCUUUUAUUAACAAAUAGGGAGACAUCUUCCAAAUUUAACACACUAUACCUUUAAUUAAUUAUCAGCUACUCUAGGAACACAGAAAAUCUAAGCAUUUAGAUGAUUUCGGGAUGAAUUUUAAGAAUAAUAAGACAAGAAAGAAAAGGCAUCAGUUUACACUCAUUUUGAGCAAAUGUACUUGAUCCUGUGGAAAAAAGUUAGUGGACUCAUUUCAGACUUAAAGUGUCAUGAUGUAGUAGGGCUGUCACUGCAUUAAUCCAGAUUAAGUAAGGCCCCUAAUGAGUGUAUUAAUUCUGCUUUAAACUGCCAUUAAUCACAUGUUGUAUCCCUUAUUUCCUUUUCAAUCCAUAACAAGUUCCUUUUUCAUAGUUAAAUUAAUGUCAAAAUCAGAGGCAGGCUCUACUGUUAGGUAAAGAUAGGCAGUCAUGAAGGCAUGAUGAACCUAACCCUUUUCCUUCUCCGGCCAGUACUCUGGCCGUUUGGAUUGUUAAUGGCUUAACACACUCAUUUAAAGUGUGAAAGAUUAAGUAAAUGUGUAAUGUUGUAGAUUCUAACAAUGUCUGAACAGCUCACUGAUAACACAGCAAUAGAAACUAGCCCUUCAGUGUGAGGAAAGCACAGGAAAAAAAAUCAAUCUCAUGCUGUGUGCUGCUUGCCUUCUCUGUCAUAUUUUAGUCCAAAAAUCAGUGCAAAUCCAACAAACAAAUCUAGCAACUUUAUUUAGUCCCAAAAACACAAUAACUCAAAAAUUCAUGGAUAAAAAAAUCUGCUCAUCUCCAAUGUGACAUUGUGCAUUUGGUUUUCUUUUUGUCAUGUCCGACAAGGGCGGUGUAUUUAAGAAAGCCCAACCUCUCUAUUUCUUGUAGACUCGAAGGAACAAAACAAGCGCACCCACAUUAUCAUGUGGCCAGUUUUGCCUGAGUAAUGUGGGCCGCUUUUUGAGGGGUUUUAGUUGGUGAACAUCACUAAAAAGAAAAAAUAAACCGUGAAUGGAGCUAAUAUUUUAUUUCUUUCAUUAAAUUGUCCUUUUUUAUUGAUAUCAACAUGCAAACUAAAUGUCAUUUGGUUAGCAGAUGUCCAUUUGGAGUCACCAAAUAGACAUUUUGAAAUGUUGUGUACAUUUCUUUACAACAACACUUCUAAACUGAGAUUUUUGAUUCAUGUUGUAUCUAAUUCUAACUUGAAUAUGAUGAGGCAUGUGGGAAUGUCCAUUAGGUUUCUAAGCAAACAAAAAUCACAGUCAUAACUAAAUAACAUUUAACCAAGUUAGAAACAAAAACUGAAAGAUAAGAAGAUUGCAAAAAUUAAUAAAUGAAAUAUUUAAGACUAUAAGGCCAAAAAAAGUACAGAAAACUACAUUUUAAAGUUUCUAUUUAAGUGCAUUCGUUGAACUCUUUAGCCUGUAUGUUUUUAAAUACAGUCAAAGACAUCUUUACAUGAUUGCUGUGUGAAGACUGAUUAAAAGAAGUUACAAGUAGCUCUUUCUUUGAUAAAUAAGAUUUUAAAAAGAGGAGGGCCCCAUGCCUGCAUUUGCCAUGUGCCCCAGUCUGCCAGCACUAUAUAAGGAGAGUUGAUUACCCUUAGUGGUACAAAAAUCCACCUUUAAUGCAAAACUGGGGAAUUUCAAAAUGCAACAAAAAGGGGAGACUAACAACACUUAACUACAGAAAAAUUCUGAGAUUAAUUGCAGUUGAAAGUGUUCAUCAUUUGACAGCUCUACUCUCUUUUCAAGCCCCAUUAUGAUUUAGCCUACAUGGUGCUAGUGUUGCAGCAGCAUGGCUGAAUAGGCACCAUUGACCUGAUUCCUACUGCAACAGUUUUGCUAGCCUUAGCUUUUCUCUUACUGUGGCUAAUGGACAAUCAAAUUAGUUUUUUUUUCAGUUUGUGCUUAUUUCUCAUCUUAUGUCCUCUCUCUUUUUAUUUCAAUUAUCAGACAGGCCUACAUUUCUUUGAGUUAGUUUGCAGCAGUAAUGUGCUAUGGCAGCAUAUGAACUUCACACCCUGACCCUGACAUCAUAGAAAAAGAGCUGUAAUUAGGAUGUGGUCAAUGGAAACAAACUGAGAGCCUUACCAGACAAAAGCAGGGACCUAUUCAUAGUUAGCACAUGCAUUCAUAUCCUACUGGAAUACGUGAAUGAAGGACUAUUUAGCAGAAUUGUUAUAACACAGUGACGGACAUAGCAGUUCAUUCAGUGAGACGCUCAGACUGGGCCGAGUUACCGGACUUCACGGCUCAUAGAUCAACAGAAAUACCACUGUAGGUGGUUAGACACACACACACUCACCACAGACACACAGACAUGGGGUCAGACUGAGUGACAGGCAGAGAGACAGACAGUGCAGCCAUUGAGUGAAAGCUGAUUCAGUGACCUCGCAUGUGUGAAUCAGCAAACAUUCAUUUUCUCUAAAGGAGGGACAGAAAAUUUCUGAAUGGGAAAUAGACAAAGAAGUGGAGGAAACAGCCGGAGGGAUGAGGUAGAGGAGAGGAAGAGGCAGAAAAGGAGAGGAAGACGAGGAGGAGGAGGAGGCGUGAGUCAGGGGAUGAGCACAGGGAAUAACGGGCAGAAGGGGACUGCUGAGUAAUCAGAAGUAGGCUGGUCAGUUACAGUAACUCAGCAACAACAGUGCUACACAUACUGACAGACUCAGACACACAGCUGUAUUGUGGUAAUUGGGCCUUAAUGAAGCAUCAGUUUCCAUGAUCACAUUUUCCACUUUUUAAUGUUUUCACUGCAUCUUAAAGCACAAUACAAUAAAUGUUUAAGAGAAAGAAAGAAAUGUCCCCUUACAAUAGUUUGUGAUCUGUUUUUUAUGGAAGGUUUAAUUUGCUCUGUCACUGACAGCAGGAUGAGAAAACCAAUAAGAGUCUUGUGCUGGCACAUGAAAUAUAAAAAAAUGAGCUAUUACAAAUAGCUUAGCAUAAAGUAUGCACUUCAAAUAUCCCAGAAGACAAACUUUUAAUACAGGACUUGCUUUGACCACUGACUUGUCAAUGGCCCUGCAAAUGUACAAAAGUGAAGCCAAAAUAGCCAAACAACAAGCACUAAAAUGUUACAUCAGUGACAUCAGUUGGAUUUGAGUUCAUCUCUAUUGUUCAUUGCCAAGCGGAGGACACAUUUGACUUGCCAAUAAAACAUCAAACAAGGGAUGCACGGUAUCAUCGACAUGACAUCUAUAUUGGCAGAUAUGAAUAUGUCAUAUACAAACCCUUUAUCAGCUGUAAUUAUUGAAAUGUACUGACCAUAAAUAUUGGCCUAUUUGGCUCAAAAUAUCAGCCCUAUUUAAGACUAAAGUUUGUGGAUUUCUAAGCAGGACUGCUAGACCUGUGUCAGCUGGAGUCUUGUCUUUGUUCAUCCUUAUUCCUUAAAUUUUAAGCCAUGUUUUAAGGACUGAAGUUUUAUAUCUAAACUAUAUUUAUAAAUUGUUACCGAUAUCAGCAUCGAAUGAAUUUGAAAUAAAAGUAUACAGGAUAUCAGUGAAGAGUCCCAUAUUGUGCAUCCCUACAUCAAACACUGAAUUUAAACCAUCUACAGCAGAACAGACUCUUCUGUCUUUCUAAAGCAAGCACUUAUGGUUAAUUAAUUUUCAUGUUUUCUGUUGUUCCUUCCUUAAUUUACUAAUCUAGUUGUGAAAGAUGUAUGAAGCCCCAAUCAAUAGAAAUGUCUGUCGUGACGUCUUUUGUAUCAAACGACAGCUUAAAACUAGGGCUGUCAGCAAUAAUGCAUUAAUCAUGAUUAUUUAAGGUCCAGGAUUGAUUAGAUAAUUUUUAAAAUCAGGUUAAUUGCAUGUUUUAUUGUCCCUUUUGGUUCAUAUGGUUAAGCCACUGUAACGUCUCCCUGCAGCCACAGUAAUAAAAAAAAAAUCACCACUGCUUCUAAAUGUCUCAACUUACUUUAAAAACAGUCACAGAUAGCACAGUGGAGCUUGUCUUAUCAAACUUUUACCUUUUUACUGUUCAUCAUUCCCUUGCAAUCCAUAAAAAGUUCAUUUUUCCAUGAUUAAAUUCAUGCCAUCAUCCUCAAUCUACUUGAAGUCCUGUAUUUCAAAUAAAAGCAGGUCUGAAACCAAAAAGAAAGCCUAAAGGCCAUUGCACACUGAGUCGGUUUGAUUCUGUUUGAAUUUUCGCAUCAGUCCGAGUCAUUUAGAUGAUUGAUUGAUGAUUUAAAACAGCACCUGCUGCCACCUCCCUUCUCUCUCGCACCAAAACCUAACUUUAAAUACAGUGGAUUCCCCAUCUAUUAUGUGGAUAUCAACCAUGGAAAUAUAACAGAUACAGGUAUAAGUUUUUUCUCACAGCCACCUAACGGAGACUCAAAAGUUAUUCUCAGUCUCUCCGACUUGGCAAAGCUGUACCAUAUGAGCUGGUGCCAUAUUUAGAUCUCUGACAGGAUGGAUGAUCAAAUAUGAUUUUAAAGGAGUGACAGAGCCCCAGGCUCAUUCUCAUUUCUUAUUUAAAGGUGCAGUGUGUAAUAUUAAGCCUAGUUGCAUUUAGCUGAACAAACUUGGUAAAAUAAAGCAAAA